AUGAUGUGCAGUUUGAAGAGUUUUCUCCUGGCUGCUUCGGUGACGGUGCUUCUACUCCACUUCUGUGGUGAAACAGAAGCAGCAAGCAACUUUGACUGCUGUCUCCGAUAUACAGAAAACAUCAUUCCUCCCAGAUAUAUUGUGGGCUUCACACAGCAGCUGGCCAAUGAAGCCUGUGACAUCAAUGCCAUCAUCUUUCAUACAAAAAGGAAAUUAGCCGUGUGUGCAGACCCAAAGCGGAUUUGGGUGAAACAAGCCGUGCGUAUCCUCAGCCAAAGAGUCAGAAAGAUGUAAAAAUAGAA